AUGGCUUCGCUGCGCUCCGGCCCGGCCUGGUGCCGCCUGCUCGCCUGGGCCGCGCUCGGCCCCGUGCUUUGCGGAGGGUCGGUGCGGGCCGAGCCGGAGCCGGGCGCGGAGCCGGAGGCGGACCCGCACGCGCGGCACCUCUACAGCGCCGAGAUGCUGCGGCACGGCGCCGCCGCCGCCCCGCACUUCGUCAUGUUCUUCGCCCCUUGGUGUGGACAUUGCCAGCGUCUCCAGCCAACUUGGAAUGAUCUGGGAGAUAAAUACAACAACAUGGAAAACCCACAGGUCUAUGUUGUUAAAGUGGAUUGUACUACAGACACUCCUCUGUGCUCUGAAUUUGGCGUCCGAGGAUACCCUACUUUAAAGCUGCUUAAACCAGGACAAGAACCUCUGAAAUACCAAGGCCCUAGAGACUUACAGGCGCUGGAAAACUGGAUGUUGGAAAAACUAAAUGGGGAACCAUCUGAUUCAGAAUCUACUGUGGAACCACCAAAAGCCCCCGAACCUAAGCAGGGAAUGUAUGAACUCUCAGCAGACAAUUUCAAGACGCACAUAGCAGAAGGUAAUCACUUCAUCAAAUUCUUUGCCCCUUGGUGUGGUCACUGCAAGGCUUUGGCCCCAACUUGGGAACAGCUGGCUCUGGCCUUUGAACAUUCAGAAACUGUAAAGAUUGGCAAGGUCGACUGUACCCAGCAUUAUGAGGUCUGCUCUGAAAAUCAAGUUCGUGGCUAUCCUACACUCCUCUGGUUUAGGAAUGGUGAAAAGGGUGACCAGUACAAAGGGAAGAGGGACUUUGAUUCCUUGAAGGAGUAUGUGGAUUCCCAACUACAGAGCUCUGGGAAAGAACCACCAGCAAGUAAACCCACAGAAGCCCCACAGCCACCUGCAGAACCCACUCAGGCUGAGCAGGCUACAGUGCUUUCUCUCUCUGAAAAAGACUUUGAUGAAACCAUUGCUAGGGGAAUCACCUUUAUUAAAUUCUAUGCUCCAUGGUGUGGUCACUGUAAGAACUUGGCUCCGACUUGGGAGAGCCUUGCCAAAGAGCAAUUUCCAGGUUUGACUGAUGUCAAAAUAGCAGAAGUAGACUGCACUGUAGAACGUAACGUCUGCAACAGAUUUUCUGUACGUGGAUAUCCUACGCUUCUGCUUUUCCGAGGUGGAAAGAAAGUCAGUGAACACAACGGAACGAGAGAUCUGGAAUCACUGCAUAGCUUUGUUUUGCGUCAGGCAAGGGAUGAGUUGUAAUAAAAGUCUCAAUGCUCUGUC